AUGAACGUCGACGAGAGCUGGACCACCCAGGGGUCGACGACUCAUAAAGCACCGAGCGGCGUAGUCAAGGAGGGAGACUAUACUGGCGCCCCUUUGCUUGUAGGGGGCAAGAUACGCAGGUGGCCUACCCUCGUGAUCGAGAUAGGCCGCUCACAGCCACUCGAGAGUCUGAGAAUGGUCAUGGGCUUGUGGUUUCGCGAGUCGGAAGAUGCCGUCGAGAUGGUGGUCCUGGUUAAGCUCUGCCGAGACGACCAUAGCAUCUUGGUCGAGAAGUACACCGAAGGACCGGUGGCUGUCCAACGUCCUGGUGCGACAACGACUCGGUCGGCCCGGGGUGGUCUCGCACCCGUCCUCCGACAGAGGGUAACGAUUCGAGAAGUCGCAGGAAGGCCGCUAGAGUAUAAGGUGUCUGGAGCUCCUUUGGUCCUCGAGUUCAAUCUACUCUUCCUCCGACAGCCCGACCUGGCCAUCGGCGAACGCGACAUCGUUGUGGACGAACACGGUCUGCAGAGAGCUGCAGCUCCGACCUGGGCAGAGUACGGGGACGAGUAG